AAUAAGCAUGCGCAGGCAGCCUAGCCACAACUGUAAACAAAGCUAGAGAUCUGCCGCUACAGUACCACAUAGUCACCUUUAGUGAAGCUCAUCCUAAAGUACAUCUCCAAUAAAUGCUGGAAUAUUGCCAUGAGCCUUCAUGAAAAAAGCACAUUGAAAACAUGAGUGAUACAGAAUUUCACAGAAUAAAACCUGAAGAUCCUGACAAACAAAGAGAGCUGAUGGACAAGAACCAUGAUGGCAAAGAUUUAAAUGAAGUGGUGGAGAGGCAUCAUCAUGUUAAGACUAGAGAAAAAUCUUCCUUAAGUUUUACACAAAAAGGAUUCCUUCCAGAUAACAUGAAAACACACACCAGAGAGAAGCCGUACUCCUGUGAUCAGUGCGGGAAGAGAUUCUCAGCAAAGGGAACACUGAGGGAUCACAUGAAAAUCCACACUGGAGAAAAUCUGCCCACGUGUGAUCAAUGUGGGAAAACAUUCUCACGAAAAGUACAUCUUGACCAACACAUGAAAAUCCACACCAAAGAGAAACCAUUCACAUGUGUUCAAUGCGGGAUGAGUUUCGCACGCAAAGAAAGCCUUAAGGAUCACAAGAUGAUCCACACUGGAGAGAAGCCGCACACUUGUGAUCAGUGCGGGAAGAGUUUUAUAUACAAACAAUGUCUUAGACGUCACAAGAAAAUCCACACUGGAGUGAAACCGCAUACCUGUGAAAAGUGCGGGAAGGGUUUUUCACAUGCAAAUACCUUUAAAUCACAUCUGGUUUCUCAUUCUGGAGAAAGGCCAUUUAACUGCGAUCAAUGUGGGAAAACAUUUUUGGUGGCAGAUGCCCUAAAGACUCACCUCAAAAUUCACACUGAUGAGAAGCCUCACGUGUGUUCAUUCUGUGGAAAGAGUUUUAGUCAGCUGAGUUACUUAAAAUCACAUCAGAAACGGCAUGGCGAUGCGAAGCAAUACAUGUGCUUUGAUUGUGGGAAAUCCUUUAUUACGGAUGCCGAACUGAAGCUGCACUACAGAGUUCACACUGGAGAAAAACCGUACAAGUGUUCACACUGCAACAAGACAUUCAAACGCUCAGAAAGCAUGAAAAUACAUGAGAGGAUUCACACCGUACAUUUGUCAUGAGUAGGGUUGGGUAUCGUUUGGGAUUAUUUCGAUACUGGUGCUAAAUCGAUACUUUUAAAACGGUACCGGUGCCUGAACCGAUACUUUUGAGCCACAAAAUUAUGGUGAUUGACUCUAGAAAAAUCUUUUACUUGACAAAAUCUUUUAGAAAAUAAUUUUCAUAGAACAAUACAAUUCAAGUUUAAAGUAAACAUCAAUUCAUAUUUUAUAUAUUUGAAUUGCAUUAAUAUAUUUCCUUUGAUCAUUUGUUGGUUAGCAUGAAUUUAAGAUUUGCAUUAUGAAAUUACAUUAGCUUACUACUAACCUGUGGAAAGGCUGUCAUCAAAAUACUGAACUCCUUUUUUCUAGGGUUUGGGCUUGUGACUGUUUCCAUGGUUAUCAGUAAUCUAAUGAUUUGCCUAAUCUGAAUAAGACAAUAAUAGGAUCAAGGUGUUUACAUGAGUUGCUUUUUUUGCC